GCACCCGGAGGUGGGGAGGUCAUCCCCGCCUCCGGUUCUCGUGUACUCAACCAACCCCAGCCCCUGCCAUCUCCUCCGCCCAACUCGCAACCCCAACCCAUCUCUCAACCCCAUUCCCAAACUCAACCCAUUUCUCAACCCCACUCCCAACUUCAACCCAAUUCUCAACCCCACUCCCAACCCCAACCCAUCUCUCAGUCCCAUUUCCAAACUCAACCCAUUUCUCAAACCCACACCCAACCCCAUUCCCAACCUCAACCCAUUUCUCAGCUCCACUCUCAACACCAUUCCCAAACUCAACCAAUUUCUCAACCUCAUUCCCAACCUCAAUCCCAUUCCCAAGCCCAACCCAUGUCUCGAAUCUCGUUACAGCCUCAUUCCCAAAACAUAUCCCUAUCUCAUUCCCCCCGUAACAACCACAUCAACUCGGGUUACGUCAACACCGAACACCACCACAACCAGCACAACCAACACAACAACCAGCACCAUAACCUGCUGAACUCCCUGGACGACGUCGACGUUAGGGCCUUCAACCUCGCGCCGGGGGAGGACGUCAGCUCCAUCAGGAAGGAACGUCGCCACAACCCCACCUACAAUCUCAACCACAUUCACCCGUGACGCCACUAGUAUAUCGCAGACAUAGAAUAGCAGGAUGUCACACUGCCAGCUCCAUUAGUUGUAUUAGAAUAGAGUAUACAUGUGUAUUAUUUUGUGUGUAAAAUGUUUGCUGGUACGUGGGAUUGUCCAUAUAUUUGUAUGAAUUAUGUGUACUGUAUUUCCGCUCAUGUUUAUGUAUUGUACUGUAUGUGUAAGUGAACAUAUUUGUAUACAAUGACCAGCGAGUUGUGUCGAGACGCGGCAUGUUCACGCUCCACCCGGUAUUGUACUGUUUAUGUGUUACAGUGCACAAUACCGGGCUGUGUGUGUUACAGUGCACCCGGUGUUUGCACUGUAGAGUUGGACUGUGCACUACAGUAACCGGGCUGGGGCCGUACACUACACAGUUUAGGAUUUAACAGUUUAAAGAAGAGGAUUGUACCCUGCCGGAGUGUACUGUGCAACUCUAUCAGUACCAGUUUGUUUGUCACAGUAACUUCCCUGCGUCGACGUUCUUAGUAUUUUCACUUUUGUUUGGAUAUAUUUUAAUGUUGGCCAUUUAUGUGUUUAGACUGAAUUUUAGUGUUGACGCGAACAUUUGUUCUUCAGACAGUGUACAAAAAUACUUUGUUUAAACGUUUUUUUCUUAAUGUUUUCAUUAAAAUUUCAUUGCGUACGUUUUC